AUGAGGAUUUUAUGAAACGGGAACGACAUCUCUUAAAUCAGUGCCAAUCGGCGCCUAAAAGUAGAGCACAAUAGCGAUCAAAACAGAUCAUCACUGUUGUGACGGCGAAACGCUGACCAUCGGUACCAACAUUAUUGAUACCAGUGCCAGAAGUAGUACAUCAUUAACAGCGGACAGUUAUAGUGAGAGCACUGAAACCACGAGUACAAUGAUGGAUGUCUUACCAUUAAUUUUGCUGUUAGUCAUGGGUGUCGUCAUAUCGACCACUUGUGGCAAAUAUACCUCAGAAUCACAGAAUAUAAACAAUAACACAUCCGAGAUAUCAACUACCGAUGCGCUCAUAAUUGAUAAUGACCACCCGGAACAGUUAAAACAUGCUAAUGAAGCUAUUGAUGGUGCAGCCAAUGAUGCAGUAAACUUGGAUGAAAAAUUUGUGGCACCCGAUAGUAGCAGCAGUUAUGUUCAAAUGAAGCGACAAUUAUCAGCCCAGUCAUCAUCAUUAGCAGAUCCGUCACACAUCAGUCAAUCGAUGCAAAAUAGGAGACUUAUGGCUUCAUUGGUCGCCAAUAAUCCAUCAAACAGAUGGCCACCGCCGCCAUCACCUGCAAUACCAGUGGCAAAACCAAAGCACAGGGAAUAUACCGAACAUCAUAAUCAUGACAAUCAAAACCAUCGCAAUCAUAACCAUCACAAACAUCUCACGCAAAGAUAUAGUGACAGUCAAUUGCACGCAAGUGCUGUCACCAGUAAUACUGCCUAUCAAAGUGACGGCCAGUAUUACCGUCCCUACUAUUUAACGAGAGUUAUGUUAAGCAAUAGUAGCGUCACAUGCAAUGAUGGAACGGUAGCCGGUUAUUAUAUUAGACAAAAUUAUGCCUCCCGGCGAUGGAUUGUCUUUCUAGAGGGCGGUUGGUAUUGCUUUAGUGCCGUCACGUGUCACCAGCGAUGGCUCAAAAUGCGUGGCUUAAUGACCUCCGCUCACUGGCCAGAGGCUAAAUCAGUUGGAGGCAUAUUAUCUUCAUCACGUGAUGAGAACCCUCACUAUUGGAAUGCAAGUCACGUUUAUAUACCUUACUGUUCAUCGGAUAUUUGGUCGGGUGAUAGUCCCGCCAAAGCACCGGGCGAUCUGUCUUUUUUGGGCUCACGUAUUGUCGAGCAAGUCAUACGAGAACUGCUACCUCGGGGAUUAUCUGAUGCAUCAUUACUGCUUUUAGCCGGUUCAUCUGCCGGUGCUGCCGGUGUUAUGAUCAAUUUAGACAGAGUCACACAUUUGUUAACCAACGAGGGAUCUAAAGCUCAGGUACGCGGUAUCGCAGACUCGGGUUGGAUAUUAGAUAACGAACCGUUCAAUAAUAAUCUACAUAACAAUAAUCACAAUAAGAAGCCGUGUAUCGAUGCUAUCAACUGUGCGCCUAUGGAUGGCAUCAAAACUGCAUUUAAGAUGUGGUCAUCUCGAGUUCCCAGUGCUUGUGCUAUACACUAUCCUUUAGAGCCGUGGCGUUGUAUAUUUGGUUACCGUCUUUAUCCUACUUUGAAGACACCGUUAUUUAUCUUUCAGUGGCUCUACGACGAGGCACAGAUGCAUAUUGACGGCCUGUCUUUAAGUCACUCACAACAACAGUUCAAAUAUAUACAUAGUUUGGGCCGACAGUUACGGUCAACACUUGAGAACGUGUCGGCCGUAUUUGCGCCCAGUUGUGUCUCGCAUUGUGUUCUCACUAAACCUGACUGGAGAUCCAUUUCCAUCAACGGUGUCAAACUCACGGAUGCCAUUCGAUGUUGGGAACAGUCAUGUAGUCACACAACCAAUGACUACACGCAUAAGACAGUCAUCAAUAGACAUAGUGUUGAUUAUUAUAGUAGUACUGGUAUGUCAAAUGAUACGGUGCUUAUGAACGAUUGGCCACAUAAUUAUUACCGAAAACCAGAGUCAAAGCAAAAAAAGAAACGCCGAAAACAUAACCGCAGAAGACAUAAGACAAAAAGGGAUCAAAUUUUACUUAAUGACAAUAUCUCUAAUAAUAAUAAUAAUACCAAUAAUAAUAAGAGCACUGGUAUUGUUGGAGCCAUUCAUCAGCAUAGACAGCAUAAUAAUAAUAAUAACCAUCAAAGUCAUCAUCAUCAGCACCGUAUUCAAGCACAUAGAGAUCAGUGUCAUCACUGGCUCGUAGAUGACUGUCAAUGGCCUCAAUGCAAUAGAGAAUUAUCUACUUAA